CAGGGUUGGCGUGCGCAGUGUUAAUGAAACAGCUGUUGCGCGAGAAAACAACUUUGCGAGUUUUCUUUUAUUUCUUAGUGUUUAUUUAUUAAUUUAUGCUGAUUGUAAAUCCUAAUUGUCUUAAUAUCCAGCAUGAAUACCUCAGUGGACAAGAAGCUUUUGGGCUUCCGUCAGAUUGCCAUUGAAAAAUUGCAACAUAUUUUGUGUCAAAUCCCGGGAAGUCGAAAAGAUUUGGUGAUUGAGGCAUCUCUGAUAAAGCCCUUGGAGCAUAUCUGUGGGGUUUCAUGGCUGAGGGCAAAGGGCAUUGAGAAGAUAUUCAAAUUUGAGCAAACAAUUUCACCUCCAAUUGGAAAAGUUUUUAUCUACUUCAUAUCGGCCAAUUUGCUCAUAUUCAAGCAAAUUCUCGACCAGAUUCACAGUUUUACAUCUCUGGCCACAGUUGACAUCACACGGGAUGAUCAGGUAAAAUACCAUAUAAUUGUUAUGCCAAAUUUGCUGUACAGCCAGGAAGAAUUGCUUGAGCAAGAAGGAUUGUGUGGUCGUGUGCAACUUUAUCCCUUCAAUUGGGACUUUAUUAGUCUGGACAGUGGAGUAUUGAGCCUUGAGGUGCCGGAUGUUUUUAGGGAUGUAUUCAUUAGGCACGAUACCACAUCUUUGUUGAGCAUUUCUCAGAGUAUUCGCCUCUUUCGGUUGGUUUGUGGUCAGCAAAAAGUUGUCUUUACUUAUGGGAGCAAUUCUGAGAAAUUAGCCCAAAUGGUCAGGAGGAUUGAGGGGCACAAACCGUCAAAUCACGAAGAUAAAAGCCCAGACUUUUCAGCUGCUUUUAUUGUGGAUAGAUCGAAAGAUUUUGCUUCAUGUCUCCUGACUCCUGUCACUUAUUCGGGCUUGCUCUUGGAGAUUCACCAAGCAAAAUCAGGAAGUUUAAUUAUUGAUUCCAAGAGUAGUAGAAUCAAAAGUGGGAAGUGCAAUCUCUUUAGUGAAGAUACUCCAGCAGAUUCUAAAGCAUCUUCUGCGAGUCUCAGGAUGAAUUCAUCCAUGGACGCAAUCUUUUCCGACAACAAAUACCGACACUUUUCCGACGUCAUUUCCCUCCUUAGCAGCCAGGCUAAAGCACUGGGGCUCGAGGGUCAGUUCUCCAGGGACAUGAAAAUUCACGAGAUGAAGGCGUACGUCAGUGAGAAAUUGCCCAAAGUGGCAGCAGCAAAGAAGGAACUCUUCAAGCAUUUAACCCUAUGUGAGACAAUUGUCAAAGAUUUGGGGUCAGAUUUUGAGCAAUUGCAGGAUCUUCAGGACAAUAUGAUUUAUGGUAGAAAUCGCCGACAGACAAUUUCUCAGAUUGAGGAUAUUCUCGCGACGGAUCCUCACAAAUUCAAUACACUUAGACUCAUGUGCCUUUGUCAUCUCACCAGUAAUCUCUCCACCGAAGAAGCUACUCAGUUCAUAACAAAUUUCUGCAAUGUUUUCGGCCAUAGGCAUCUCACUGCCUUUCACAAUCUUGCCCACUGUGGGCUAUUUCCAGAGAUCUCACCAGAAACCACUUCCCUUUCGGCCCGAAGUAAAAUCCUCUCCAACAUUUCACUGCCAAAAAAGACACAGAACAGCCUAUUUGCAGAUGCAGGACGAUUGAAGCUUCUCCCAGAAAUUGAAGCUUCAUCAAGCAAUCCCCGGGAUAAUCCCACCUGCCCGAGUUACGUCUUCAGCGGAAUCUACAUUCCUCUCAUCGCUCAAAUCACUUCCAUUCUGCUGAAAGCCGACUCCUUCGAGGAUAUUGCAAUGAAAGUGAAUCAGUGCGAAGGACUAGGAGUGUUAGUGGGCAAAACAGAUCAAAUUCACAGUGUCAGAGAAACCCAAAGUGCGAUAAAACGGGGAGAAAUAAGUGAUCCGUUUCCGUUAAAACCGCGUACAGUGUUUGUUUUUGUGCUGGGCGGAGUUACAUAUGCUGAAAUUGCAGCGUGUGACCUUGUGGAAAAACUAACUGGAUCAAAGAUUGUCCUGGCGUCCAAUACCAUCGUUUCCGGAAGUGAUAUUAUCUCUCAAGCCUUCUAAAUUUUGAAAGAUGUUUCCUGGAGAGAAAGAAGAAAAAAACGUGCUAAAUAUGGAAUAAAGUGUUAAAUGUGAAGAGUUAGUAUCUCUUAAAGCCUCUAUCACAGAGGUUUAAAAAGAAAGAAUAAAUUCCUUGAUCUCUGUGAAAUUGUGCUGUAAAAAGGUGGAACAUAGACAAUUCCAUCAGAACUUUGUGCUUUUGAAGUGUAUUAAAAAAAAGAAAGAGAAAGAGAAAGAAAAAUUGUGAAAGAAAUAAAAGAAAAAGAA